AUGCAGACUCAGGACGACGACGACCGGAAACCAUCGACAUUCACGAAACCGCUCAGUUCUGUCCAAAUCACCGAUGCCUUGAAACGCUCAUCUGACGAUGGUGUUACAAUCAUCCUUUCCAAGUUGGCCGUAUCAGAAAUUGGCUCGCGGGAAGCCAAAGAACUUGUUGACGCAGGGCAGUAUGACCGCCAUAACUCUGGGUCUUUGGUAGAGAGGCUUGCUCUAGGGCAUAAUCGUCUAACAACACUUCCGCCAGAAUUUGCUCUGUUCACCAAGUUGCGAUACCUAAAUCUGAAACACAAUAGUUUUACCGCAUUCCCGGACGUGUUAACUCUUCUUCCUUCGCUCGAUACCUUAGAUCUAAGUCACAACAGAAUCAAAAGCUUGCCCACGUAUCCGGGAAACUUGACUCGACUUCAGGUCUUUUCAUUGUCUCGAAACAAAAUCACGAGGCUUCCUUCCUACAUAACCCAAUUCAAGAAACUCGAGGUCUUUCAAAUUGAUCGUAACCCAAUGGAAUGGCCACCCAGAGCUGUAAUUCAUUCUUUUGCUCUUCAAGACAUCGCCAACGGAAAGGAUGCAAUUCAAGGUCUUUUUAAUUGGAUAGAAUCAGAUGGUGUGAUGGGGAAGGAAUACGACGACUCUGGGUAUGGCGAGAGACCUGAAUGGGAAGAUGAACGACCCUGGCAAUUCCCCGCUCAUGAUUAUUCAGAUGCAACUCCAACUCCCCAUGCAAGGUCAUUUUCGAUUGAUUCGAAUACAUCUAUAUCCUCAAUCAUUGAAUCCUCCCGCAGCGGAGUUGAAGAACAAAGCCAUAUCAAACUGAGACUAAAAGAUGGCCCAAAUUAUGCCGACAAUUUUGGCUCGUCUUCUUCAGGCAUUUCUAGAGACGCUAUCUUGGACAAUUUCUAUGCAUCAUCCCCAGUCGAAACGACUUUGUAUCAUGGACACGCGGAACAGGAUGGCAUAACGCACAAUCGAACCACAUCUUAUGCAAGCACUCUUCGUAAAUCAUCAGAGGGAUCCGUCGUGGGGAAGAAGAGCAUGCCUGAUCUUCGAAAACUUCCAAAAAGCUCAAAAUCAACAGGGACCUCACCGGAAGACAGGUUACCAUCGCGCAUCCCGAAUCUGUCGAAACUGUUCAUCGACUCGCAGUUACCUCCGCCCAUUCCGAUUCGUCAUGACUCAGCCUCGUCAUCUAGUCCGCACAAUUAUCCAUCAUCCAUGUAUCCAGCAGAACUUCACGCAGAGCCCGUCACUCCGCCAUAUGUGACUGCCGAAAGGAAUUCAUAUUUUCAUCGCUCUUCAAUGAUAGUAAUGAAUCAGAAUCUGCCGAAGUCAUUACUAAGUCUACUCGAUUCUGCGAGAACGAUUCUGUUUGCAAUGGGUCAAUUGUAUCAAACAUUGGAGCAUUAUGUGCAUCAAGGAGCGGACGAACGUCUUUCUUCUAUAUUCAAAAAAGUUCUUGAUCCCGCCAACGUCAAUAUGCUCCAUCUCAUCCGUUCUCUUGAUCGAUUUGAUGAUGUUAGUCAAAAAACAGUACCCUCUCCUGCUGUUUGUCGUGGACUGGUAGAAUGCUGCCGAGAUACUGUCACUGCAUUCCGCAAAGCUGUCGGCCUUUUGGUGUUGCAGAUUGGCCUUGACCUAACAGAUGACCCCCGGUACAUACGGUGGCUCAUUUUGGAGUUAUAUGCAACAACGGCUGAACUUUCGUUUGCAUGGCAAGCCAUCGUUCCAGAAAUCGAAUCUCUCAAGCCAUAUCUAUAUGGGAGCAUCUUCUCCAACGGGUCGUCUUAUAUAACUAGCGGGGGAUCAGAUAUGGCUGGGACUAACUCAGAGGAACCGUCUGCAGUUGCGCGGCUUCGGCCUCUUGAAUCAGGUUUCGGCGCGGUAAGAGCCAGGACUGCGCGACGUCACGCUGGCUCGUUUAGUUCAAAGGAUGUUGAGAUAGGUAAGGACCUUCCGUCCUACGACAUCGUGCCGAAUAUGUCGGGCGGGCUUGCGACCCACACACCGAUGCUGAGAACGCCAAAGCGGCAGGCAACUGCCCCUCCAAUCACGUCACCAUCGUCAAGUGCCUCUUCUUACCCUUUUAAUCCUACUUCUUCACAUACUGGUCCGUCUACAUCAAGCUAUACACCACGUCAUCUUCGUCAUGCCUCUCAGAACUCGCUGUUCGAAUCAUCUCACGUAUCGCAUUCAAGCUCUUUGGAGUACCCCUCUUCACACCAAGCGGCUAAUAUGGACGUUCUACGAGCUAUUCAAGGUGCUGUCGACCUUGCACCGACUGCAUGGGACCAGAUUGAAGAAACUCUGUCUGCUGUUAUCCGUUCAAAUCACGAACUGAAGGAAACGCUUGGAAGAGCUCGUGCUGUUACCAGACGAUUGUCGAGACAUGCAUCAGAUAUGUCAGACGGGUAUGCCGAAGUCGACAUAAGGCUUCUUCGCGAGGAUGCUCAUCUUUUCUUGAAGACAAUUGUUCAUCUGUCAAACGCUUUGAAAGCACACGGCAGUUCUCAUUUCAUCCCGCCUGCAUUAAAACAUAACAUGGUCAAAUUAUCCAAUUUCACUGAAGAUUUCGCAAUAAUGCUGCACGUUUCUUCUAUAUCUUUCACUUCCCGCUCCAGGCCUCCUUCAACCUAUUUCAAGUUUGCAGCAUAUAAUACCAAUUAUCAUGUGGUUGAGGAUAACCUUUUGGGAUCUAGUUUGUCGAGAUCCCGGAGUGCACAGCCUAGUUUGAACAGUCCCCCGCCCCCUCCGAUUACAUCCACGAAAUCAUCAAGCAUCUCUAAACGCCCUUGGCUUGUUCGAGAGGCGUCUGUUGACGGUAGCGACCCUGGAUGA